AGGAUGCCAAAGAGGAUCUUCAACCCAGAAGUAAAAUAUAAUGAACUGCUUUAUUGCUGUGUUUAUGGAGGGAGAGAAAAGAAAGAUGAACUUCGUUCAAUGCGGCAGAGGUGUCCUUACCAAAUUAAAUUUAGGUGCACACAAGAUGGCCAGAGGCUGAGAGUUGUCUCCAUUACCCCCAAACAUAACCAUGGCCCAAUUGACUUCCCAGAACUAGAAAUUGAAAAAACAGAUGAGGUUAGUUAUUGUUUUUAUCUUUCAAAGCUCACAGAAGGUACUAUAAAAUAAUGAUAAUGGUAUGCCUUAAUUGUUAUUAAAUCUGUUGGUUUUUUUAUGCUAGUCUUUUUUAAGAAUAUUGCAAUUAUUAUAUUUAACAUCAUUUUUUUUUUUUUUAAAGUAGCAAAUUUAAAUUAGUAGUAGUGGCACAAAAUAGUUUUAAAUUCUUUCUUUUUUUUUUUUUUUUUUUUUUGUUUUUUUUUUUUUGCAAAACAAAAAAAAAAAUUUAAAUCAAAUUUAAUUUUUUUGUUUUGUUACAAAUUUUUUUUUAAUUUUUUUUUUUUUUUUUUUUUUUUUUGAGUCUUAUGUUCUAUGCAAAACAUAUCUUUUUUAAAGAUUGAUGAUGUUCGAUAGUUUUUACACUUGGAAUAAGCAGAAUAAAGAUUGCAGGCAAUGUUUAUAGAAGUCUUUUUUGCCCUGAGGAAAAAAGUAAUCAUUUUAUCCCAAAAAAUGAUGAAAAUACCCAUUUUUUUUGGUACAAAUGUAACUCUGUGUGUAAAAUGUGCAUUAAUUAAUUCCAGCAGUUUGCUCUAACAAAGUUAGUUAAAUUCCAUGGGAAAAUUUUAAAAUGUGUUAAUGCUGUUUAAAUAAACACUUUAUAAUGGAAAUGAUUUUACAAACCCAGAUAACUUCAAGCUCUUCGCCACACAGUGAAGAUGAUGACUUGAUGGCGUCCAGUGACAUAAAAAUUGAGG